AUGACAAUGACAACUGAAAUGCGCCAGAGGUUUCUUUCACAAAUGUAUCUGGAGAUAACAAAAGAUGCUCAUAAACUUUUGCUUCCAAAGCAGAUUGAUCAAUUAAGUUAUUCAAGAUUUGGAACUUGGAUGUCUGUUUUCCAGAAACCUGCAAAAGAAGUCCUUCAAGAAGCAGCUGAAAAUUAUAUGGUUUGA